GCCAUCCUUCUACAUGGAGAUGGACUUCGGGUCUCUACGACAUGUACCAGGUUAUACAUCUUUACAGCAUUCAUCGCUAGGACUCCGUGGUGGAGAUAAUAGGCAGACGACACAAUGAGGAGAGACGUGAUGAAAUGUCUAAUUCUGUGCUUGGUGAUAUCACAAAUGGUUAUUUCUACCGCUGCUCUGACAACAAACAACCGCAUCCUCCUGAGCACCGCGGUGGUCGGCACUGCUCUAGCGUUUUCUGUCUCCGGGGACUACGUGUUCAGUGUUGAGGAGUUGGCGCUACUGUCUGCUGGCAUCAUGUUUCUGUCCUUCUAUAACAGAGACUCGGCCACAUCCGGCACAUCCACAUCCACGUGCACGGCGCCGGACUACAUUCAGGAUUCGCUCCUGGGCUGCUACCGUCUCCAGGUCGGGGCGCUUCUGACCUACGACCAGGCCAAGCUUCUGUGUCAGGCCGAUGGGGGGCGACUACUGCUGGUCAACUCCGAGGCAGAGGCCACGAGGCUCCAGUCAUUAUUAAUGUCGGCCGGAAUACAAAGACUGUGGGUACAGGGGACACGAAGUGCAGUCGGGACGCCAUAUUUGGCUGACGAUGGGACACCCUUGCCCUACACAGGACCGACGGGGGUCCUUAAUAACAAUGAAGCAAACAGUGUGCGACUGAGUUAUGAGUCCAGUAAUGCGCAAACAGGUUUCGUCGGUUACUCAACCACUGACACACUAAACACAUUUAUUUGUGAAAUCUGAAUGCUCCAGGAAUCUAACGAUUAUGUAUGAAAAUGGAUCAGUAUUUUAUAAGGUAGCCCACUACAUAA